UUAUAAUCCCUUAGAGAAGCUUAGCUUUCUUGCUGUAGGGGUGAUUGUCAUGGGCAAAUCUUGCUUUGGUUUUGCCAUUUCUUGAGGAUAAUUUUCACAACCAACUCUCCCCUAUUUCUUGCCUGUCUUCUGUUCCUCUCUAGUAAACUUCUCUUAUAUAGUUUUAGCUCAUGAAACCUACUUUACCCCACAAUUUGCCUUAUAAUUUUGGUUAUGCCUGAUAUUGAUUUCCACCCUAAACCCAUGAAGCUCUUUGGCUUCAACAUCGUCGAAAGCACCGCCGACGAUUCAACCAAGCCUCUCGCAGGAUUCCCGGAACUCGAACCGGAUGCUCAAAAAUACGAGUGCCAAUACUGUUGCAGGGAGUUUGCCAACUCUCAAGCCCUAGGAGGUCACCAAAAUGCUCACAAGAAGGAAAGGCGGCUACUAAAACGAGCUCAAAUAAUAGCUGCUACCCGGAAUUCCAUGAUAUCGGCUUUUACGCGUCCGUCGCACCUCUUUUCCGCGUCGAUGCUUCCGGCACCGCCGCAGUAUCGUUCUUCAUUUUACAUGCCAGGUGGAGGAGGAGGUGCCCCGUUGCGUAUGUUGCAUGGUGGCAAGUACCAUUGUGGGCCGCGUUUAUAUACAGGAGAAGGAAGGGAGACCAUGGCAGCUGCGUUGUCCGGUGAUGUUCGGGAUCAUACCAGAGUUUUUCCGAUGGGGCAAUUCAGAGAAGACGAUGGUGGGGCUAAGGUUGAUAAUGGAUUAGGUCUUGAUUUACAUCUUAGUCUUGGAUCGUCCGUGCCAUAAAAUAAAAACCAUUAUACGGCCUUACAACAAGUUUAAAUUUUAUAGAAUUGAAGUUGUUAAAUGUAAGCUGUCUUGUUAUCAUCUAAUAUUUUAUUGAUCACUGUGAACUUUUUAUUUUCU